GUUCCUUCAUGAUAACACCAUUAAGCCUAUUCCUCUAGCAAUUAAGCAAAAACAAUCUCACAUAGAUAUUUAUUAAAGAGUUCUCCUACAAUGCUUUUCACUCAGAACCUCCUUCCUACCAUGCUAGCCUUAUCCUUGUCCACAACAGGUACCAAGGCUGCUAUUGCAAUCGGGACCAAAGCCAACCAUUGGAACAUAAUGUGGGUUGAUGGUACCGACCCCUGCGCCUCGACCUUCAUCAGCUACGUUGGCGAGAGCCCAUGCAACAUUACCCCCCACCCGCUCCAGGGCAAUGGGUACAGUUAUACACUCCAAGGCUGCGGUGGCCCGCUAUGGCUGAACAAUGGGGAUGGCUCCUACAAUAGCAACUGUUAUGAUGCGCCGGCUGACCUCGUCUGCGAUACGCACCGGGUGUGGCUCUGCGGCUAGACAUCUUUUACCUUAGUAAAUGAGACUUUUUGGCCGGCUUCGUGAUCAAGUUGGGGGCAGUGACCAAGCCGGGGCUAGUCUGGCUUCGUAAUAUGAAGAGAGGAACGUUUCCCCUAAAUAUAUAAAGAAAAUCAG